UAGAGUGAGGUGAGGAACGCAAGCCGAUUGCCCCAAAUCUGUGAUUAGCCCCCCUCCGCCACCAAAUCGACGCCAAUUGCUUCUUUCCUAAUCGGACGUGAGCCGCCGUUUGUUGCUCCUUCGCUUUCCAGGUACGGACUCCGACACGUCAUCUUCCACUCACGGUGAGCGGAGAGGACCGAGGAGGGCCUCGCCGUGGUGGUGCGUGCUGCCGAGAGCUCAACCCAUGGAUGCCGGCGAUCCCUCACGUCAUACGAUUCCGGUUCGACCUCCGGAAGCUGCCGCAGUGCCAGCGGUAUCCAACUCCUCAUUGCAGAAAAGAGCAGCUGAAUUCUGUAACUCGGUCCUGGAGACAUACAAAAGGAAGUCUCUCUCUUUUUGGUUCUUACUGUUGCUUAGCAGUGCUACGAUGCUUGUGGCGUUUACUGCUUCCAGUCUUCUAUCUCGUUUGUAUUAUGCCAAUGGUGGCAAGAGCAAAUGGAUAAUCUCCUGGGCAGCAGUUGCAGGGUGGCCGAUCACUGCCCUUGUCUUGCUUCCUCCUUAUCUCUUCGGCCGCAUAUCUCCGACUCCUCUCUCGCUUAAGCUCUUCGUUUGGUACAUUCUACUGGGUUUUCUCAGUGCUGCCGAUAACCUCAUGUUUGCAUGGGCUUACGCCUAUCUUCCAGCCUCCACUGCUUCUCUCCUUUCCUCGUCUUCGCUUAUCUUCUCCGCCCUGUUUGGGUAUUUCAUCGUGAAGAAUGAUCUGAAUCUUUCUUCCAUAAAUGCAAUCGUCAUCAUCACCGCCGGCACCGUCAUAAUCGCAUUGGAUUCAGAAUCAGACCGAUACCCGGGAGUCACCGGCAAGCAAUACACCCUGGGGUUCAUCUGGGACAUUCUCGGCUCGGCUCUCCAUGGUCUGAUCUUUGCAUUGUCGGAGCUGGUUUUCCUGAAGCUACUGGGGAGGAGAUCCUUCCAUGUUGUGCUGGAGCAGCAGGUCAUGGUUUCACUCCUCGCCUUCGUGUUCACUUCCAUAGGGCUUGUUGUGAACAAUGACUUCCAGCGAAUGAGAUCGGAAGCCAGCAACUUCAAGCACGGGGAGGGCUCGUACGCUAUGGUGCUCACUUGGGCUGCCAUCACGUUUCAGCUGGGAGUGUUGGCCGGCACCGCGAUCGUCUUUCUGGCUUCAACGGUGUUGGCCGGUGUUCUGAAUGCGGUGAGGGUGCCACUCACAGCCAUUGCUGCAGUUGUUCUGUUCCAUGAUCCCAUGAGUGGCUUCAAGAUCCUAUCUCUGGUCAUCACUGUUUGGGGACUUGGUUCUUACAUCGUUGGUCACUCUUCCUCGAAAGUAAAUUCCUAGUUGCAUUGCAGAGCUCUUCGUUGACCGGCAUUCUCUUUCUGCUGUACCAAUUCUCGGCGUGUUCUCUUCGGCAAAGAAUUGUGCUAAGAUUAAGUUGUAGAUCCGUGGAACCCAUAAUGGAUUUUGCUUGUAUUCUGCA